AUGAGCAGAGACGAUGAAUAUGACUAUCUUUUUAAAGUCGUCCUUAUUGGUGACUCUGGUGUAGGAAAGACAAAUCUUUUGUCUAGGUUUACUCGUAACGAGUUCAACUUGGAAUCUAAAAGUACGAUUGGUGUUGAAUUUGCCACUCGUAGUGUCCAAGUAGAUAGUAAAACCGUAAAGGCACAAAUUUGGGACACAGCUGGCCAAGAAAGAUAUCGUGCCAUCACUAGUGCUUACUAUCGAGGGGCUGUAGGUGCAUUGUUGGUGUAUGAUAUUGCUAAAUAUGCCACUUAUGAAAAUGUUAUGCGUUGGCUUAAAGAACUUCGUGAUCAUGCUGAUUCGAACAUUGUAGUUAUGUUGGUUGGAAAUAAGAGCGAUUUACGACAUUUACGUGCAGUUCCAACCGAGGAAGCUAAGCAAUUUGCAGCUGAUAAUGGACUUUCUUUUAUUGAGACUUCUGCUCUGGAUUCAAGUAAUGUAGAACUUGCUUUCCAAAGAAUCUUGACAGAAAUUUACCGCAUUGUCUCCAACAAAGCCCUUGAAUCAUCCAAUGAUGUGAUUAGACCAACUGCUGGACAAACAAUUCAAGUUACUCAACCUGCUGAAGAACAGAAACAAGGCGGCUGUUGCUAA